AUGUCCGGACUUGCUUCCUCUGGCCGCGGCGGCGCCGGCAACAUGCGCGACCAGUCCAAGACCCCUACGGUCCAGCCCGAGGACCUCGAGACUCCCACCCUCAAGGGGUCCAACGUUGUGACCACCGGCCGCGGCGGGUCCGGCAACAUGGCUGCGAACCUCGACGAGGAGGAGAAGCGCCGGCGUCAGGACGUUCAACCUGUCGCUCGUCGCCCUAGCCAUGGCGCCAUCAACACAGGCCGCGGCGGCGCCGGAAACGUCGUCAAUGCGGACAAGGCUGGGCGCCCCUCGUCGGAGGAGGCGGUUGAUACCUCGGAUUUGAAGAAGACGCCUUCGCCCAAAACCGAGGAGGAGAAGAAGAGCUGGACGGACAAGUUGUUUGGCAAGAAGCAGUAG